ACAGGGGAACGUCCACCAAAGUAAUCACGGGCACACAAGACUCCACUUCAUCCAAGCCAACCUGCAAAGAUCAAAACAGGCAACGGCCGAGCUUCUGAAAGCGGCUGAGGACAACGGAACCGCGGUAGCUAUUGUCCAGGAACCAUAUGUGGGAUCCUCUGGCAUAGUCAAACAAGUUCCCGGCACAACAGUAAUCCAGUGCACCCUCAACCGCCAGAAGCCCGUCAAGGCUGCUGUAAUAAUUUUCGGUGACAGGCUGAGAGUAACGCAUGACCCCCAGCUUGUCACAGAAACGGAAGCAGCAGUCUUGGUGGAAGCAGGCCCACUAAAACUUGGAAUCGUGUCCGUAUACUACGAAGGUGACGACAGUAUCUCACCCUACAUUGAGCGUACUAAAGCAGUAUGCGAAAAACUAAGCUCCUUCACGGCCAACAUACUUAUCGGCGGGGAUAUAAACGCUUGGAGCCACUGGUGGGGCAGCCCGUCCGAAAACCCAAGAGGCCAGGACUAUGUUUCCUUCCUGUCAGAAAUGGACUACCAAGUUCUAAACAGCGGCAACACACCGACCUUCGAAGUAUACCGCGGAGGGAAGCUGCACAGCAGCUUUGUCGAUGUGACGGCAUGUUCGACACCCUUGCUUGGGAAGAUCAACAACUGGUAUGUGGACCGAGAUCUGACCACAGCCGACCACAACGCAAUAACAUUCACCCUGGCGGUGGGAGGAAAAUUAAAACCAAUUCCUCGAACUACCACCAGUAGGUACAAUUGUAAUAAGGCAAAUUGGGAGGAUUUCGACUCACUGCUACAUCAAUCUCUCGUAAGGAGGAACAUCAACGUCAACACAAUAAGGUCGGCAAAAAGCCACGAGGAACUGGAGUCGUAUAUACAAGCCUACAUAGAGUCCAUCGAGGAAGCGUGCGAGCACGCGAUUCCGAAAACAGGCAACAGGAAGACAAACACCACGCCUCCAUGGUGGACACCAGAGCUGAACACCUUGCACAAGGACGUACUGCGCAAAAAGCGUAGAAUUAAAAAUGCUGCCCCAAUCAGAAAAGAACACGUGCUGAGGGAAUACAUUGAGGCCAAAGAGGAAUAUCUCAAGAAAGCCUCUGAAGCCCAAACAGAGAGUUGGAAAACCUUCUGCACUGCACAGGACAGAGAGAGCAUGUGGGAUGGAGUGUACAGAGUACUCAGGCAGACUGCGGGCAGGCAAGAAGACAUGCUACUGCGUAACUGCACCGGCAAAACACUCAGCCAGGAAGAGUCGGCCGCACUACUAGCCGACACAUUCUACCCUGAGGACUCUGCAACCACAGACAAACCAUACCAUACGCAACUCAGACAUACAGUGGAGUGCGGGAAAGAACACCAAGUGAGGGAAAAUACGGCAGUGGACCCACCUUUUACUGAGGCAGAAGUCGAAGCUGUGCUUAAAGCACAAAACCCGAAGAAAGCCCCAGGAUCAGAUGGGUACACUGCAGAUAUCUGCGCCAGAGCCGUACGCUGUGAAAAGGAAGUAUUCAUGGAAAUCGCAAAUCAAUGCCUAGCCAUUUCUUACUUCCCAUCACAGUGGAAAUCGGCCCAUGUAGUCAUACUAAGGAAAUCAGGCAAGGAAGACUACACCCACCCGAAAUCUUAUAGACCGAUAGGCCUUCUAUCAGUACUAGGCAAGAUUCUCGAGAAACUCCUGGUGGGCAGGCUACAGUAUCACCUUCUGCCAACUCUCAACCCCAAACAGUACGGAUUCAUGCCGCAGCGCGGUACGGAUGACGCGCUCUAUGACUUAGUGAAACAUAUCCGGUCUCAGCUACAGGCAAAACAAUCGGUCAUUGUAGUUUCACUAGACAUAGAGGGUGCCUUCGAUAACGCGUGGUGGCCGGCUCUCAAGCACCAACUACUGACCAGGCGGUGCCCGCAAAAUCUGAGGAGGCUGGUAGAUUCAUACCUCGAAGGAAGGAAAAUAACAGUAAACUACGCAGGGGCAAAAAGUGAGAGGACCACAUCUAAGGGUUGUGUUCAAGGUUCAAUUGGUGGACCAACCUUCUGGAACCUCAUCCUUGACCCUUUGCUCCAGAUACUGUCCGGCGAGGAUGUCUACUGCCAAGCCUUCGCGGAUGACGGUGUCCUGAUCUUCUCUGGAAAGUCCAUAGCCCAAAUGGAGGAAACCGCCAACAGUGUGCUGGCAAAAGUGACCGAAUGGGGGGAAAACAACAAACUGAACUUUGCAGCACAUAAGACCAAUGUUAUGCUGCUAACUAGGAAACUAAAGUUCGACCCCCCCGCCAUACAAAUGUCCGGUAAAACGCUAGCCAUUGUUGACGAAAUAAAAAUCCUAGGGCUCACCAUCGACAAGAACCUCAAUUUCAACGCACACGUGAAGGCAGUAUGUAAAAAAGCCUCAAAUAUUUACAAACAACUAGCGUGUGCGGCCAAGGUUACUUGGGGACUGAAUGGAGAAAUUAUAAGGACCAUAUACGUCGCGGUGAUUGAGCCAAUUAUCACCUACGGCUCAUGCGCCUGGUCAGAAGCCACUAAACUACAAACAAAUAAAAAACAGCUGGAAGCAAUACAGCGCUGCUUUGCUCAGAAAAUCUGCAAGGCAUAUAGAACAGCAUCGUUGACAUCGGUGCUGGCGCUAUCGGGGACGUUACCAUUGGACCUGCGCAUACAAGAAAAUGCCGCAAUGUACGAGGCCAAGCGGGGACUAUCAACCACCUUCCUACCUCCGGGACGACAGCUCGAGCAGAAAGUGAAGUUUGCAGACUUCCCGCAUCCUGCUACCCAAAUAACUACCGAGUACGAGCUCCUGGAGAACAUGGACAGCGACACUAUAGCAACCCUCCAUAUUACCGGACCACAAAUCUACACAGAUGGUAGUAAAAUGGAUGGGAAAGUUGGCGCCGCCCUCACAUGGUGGGAGGAUGGAAGAGAGACCUCGAACGAACUGUUCAGCCUCGAUAAAACAUGCACGGUUUUCCAAUCCGAGCUUUAUGCACUCCAUAAGGCAGUCAGGAAGGUAAAGGACAGUAAGGUAUCAGUAGCAAACAUUCUAAGCGACUCCAGAUCUUCGCUAGAACUACUCAACAAUCCGAAACUGUCACACCCUCUGGCCAAAAUAAUAAAAGAGGAUAUGGCUCGGAUCGCAGAAGAUGGAAGACAAGUUCGGCUAUUCUGGCUCAGGGCCCACGUCGGUACACCGGGUAACGAAAGAGCAGACGAACUGGCAAAGGCAGCAUCCUCAAAAACACCAUCGCAACCAGACUAUGCGGAGGUACCACUCUCAUACGUCAGGAAAACAAUCCGGAGCGAAACUGUUCAGAAAUGGCAGGAUCGAUACGACAGUUCUGAAACUGGUUCAAUCACAAAAAUGUUCCUCCCGGACGUUGAUAAAGCGUACCGUAUCAUCAGGGAGGCAAAACCGAACCACUUCCAGACUCAAAUCCUGACGGGCCACGGGGGUUUCGGGGAAUACCUUCACAGGUUUAACCUAAAACAGCACCCCGGGUGCGAGUGCGAUGCCACCGUAAAUGAGUCGGUGUUACAUCUUUUGCUCGAGUGCCCCCGCUUCCAGCUGAGACGCCAGGACUUAGAAUAUUUAAUAAACACCAAAUUGACUCAUCACACACUACACAUAGCUUUAGAGUGCAAAAAGUCCAGACAAUACCUGCUGGACUUCAUGGGAUAUGUUGCUGAAAUAUCUUCUAGACGCAACAGCACUCUAAACAAACCAACACCCACACCCGAUCACACCACAACACCAACACCAACACCAACACAAAACACAACACAGAAGCCCUUCGCUCUAAAACGCGCAACUCAGAAGCUGGACCUCCUGUCUCUGGCACAUACGGGUCGCCCUGGAAUACGGCUGAGAGGCACGGCGCUGUUCAUGGACAACAACACCGAAUGUCUAGGGAUAGCGUUUUGCAAUGCUUUGGCCAAAAACAGUGUCACAUUAUCACCAGGCCUAGGGGCACUUGUAAACGGCAGCACUAAAAAGAUCACAAUGCGCCGCAAAGUUUUCGAUCAACUACCAAAGGUGGAAGUCGAAGAUGUCACGUGCAGACUGGUGCGAAAGGACAACAAGGUCAUCGUACUGUUCUGCGCGGGCGAUCUUUGCACAGACGCCACCGAGUUCGAACAGAUGUGCAAUGUGCUGACACGUAUAGGCAACCGGGCCACACCUGAGACCGCUCCUCGGAAGAUCAGCGUGGACGCCAUGACCGUGGCCUACUUUAAAGGGGAAACAAAGGAUUACGAAGGAGUACUCCUGGCGUCAAAACACCACGAAAUCGUGGUUUACGAGGACAGGGGCCAGAGCCUAAGUUACCUUUUGACCCAACACCACGGUCACGGUGCACCACGAGUCCCCACCGAUCACUUGGACCAUCCCGUUUCGAACCCGGAGAUAUCGGGGUCAGAACGUCUCCAGUUACGGGUAGAAUCGGAGAAAGAAGCGGCUCGGAGUUCUAAGUCCGUCGACGCAAACGCCACCUCGUCGAUGCUCGCGACACUGGGCAGGGCAUUCCAGGCGAUCCCGAAUAUAAUAUCCAAAAAGCUAACCAGGCUUGGAAGAACUAGGUCGGCGGAGAAGGCUGUGGAGGACUUCAUGGAACCCACUCCGCGUCAAAGUUCGGAACCACGUAGUCCACCGCGCACUCGCGCAGACGAGGGACAAGUGGAACCCCCAAGGUUUAUAUCGGCCCACGGGCCACAAGAUCACAUGUAUAACGCAUUCAUGGAAUUUGUAGCAGUAACCAAGGCCACCCGCAAGGUCAAUUCGGACACCUGUGAGAAAAUCAUCCAGGUAUACCGACGGGACACAAUUGGCCUGCUACAGGUUCUAUUAAGCGAAGCCGAGGCUGCCAUCUACGACAAUAAGAACGCUAAAGUCCUCGCGGGCAGCAUGUCUGGAUCGUAUAUGGCAGCUUACAGCAGCGCAUGUGGUUUUGUGGAAAGUGAAGAAGAUAAAACCAAAAUCAAAGGGGCUCAUGUUUUCAAAACACCUCCAGAAGACCCAAUAGUCGUAGUUGCCAAGUGCACCAGAGUGAUGUUGGAUGACAGGGUGCUUGAAAUGGCAACCACCAUAGCAGGCAGUCUGUCCGAAAGCAGUUACCCCAAGCACUGGACGAGGCCUACUUUCACAUGGGUAAACGGAGUCCCAGGUUGCGGGAAAUCCACCUGGAUAGUCUCGAACUUUGACGUGGAUGGAGACAUAGUGGUCACAACCACCGCUCAAGCAGCAAAAGAUCUGAGAGAGAAACUGGCAGCCAAAUAUGGACACAAAGUCAAGUCACGGGUACGCACUAUGGCAUCCCUACUAGUAAAUGGUACUCAAGAGGGCGAAUCGUGUAAACGCCUUAUGGUGGACGAAGCCCUCAUGAACCAUUUUGGGUCCAUAGUGUUGGCAAUACAAGUAGCCCGCGCCAGUGAAACACUCCUCAUAGGGGACAUAAAUCAACUGCCCUACAUUGAGCGGAACAACCUAUUUCCGCUGUUUUACCACAGACCAGGCCUGGUUUGCAACAUAAACAAAGAACUCCUUUGUACGCACAGGAGCCCAAUGGACGCAGCAUACGCCCUCAACGAAAUCUACAGCGGCAUAUACUCGUCCAGAACUCUCAUCAAAUCCCUAGCGAUGAAAAGGAAGGGGCAGCUCACUGUAAGGCAACCCAACAUCCGUAACAACGAAGAGAGCGAGCCACUGUCAGUAAUCUACUAA